AUGCGACUCUUCCUAAGAGGGCUGGGAUAUUCCCAGUCCCGUUUCAUCCUUCUUUUCCUGCUGGUGCUUGCCAUCACCGCUCGCGUGUCUGCUCAAAGAGCGGGGGAUACCACGACGGAUACCACAGCCGAUGCCGCCCAGACCACCGACGAUCCCUCGACCACUGAUAAAGCCCCUAGCGUGACCGAGACCACCGCGGAGAAGACAACUGACACCACCACCACCACCACGUCGUCGACCUCGUCCGACAAGACCACUAGCACUACCUCCUCUAAAACGACGAAGACAACCAGCAUGGAUACUACAUCGACGACGUCCUCGACAUCGUCGGAGACGACGAGCUCGACCACCGACAGCACCACCACAACAUCAUCAUCCGUUUCCACAACAACAACAUCAACAUCCUCAUCCUCCACCUCAACCGCCGCUGCCAUCGUGACUGUACCCCCCACCGCAAAUGCGCCAUAUAUGCAGACGUCCAAUACACCGGAAGGCACGGUAUUCAUCGCCGUCGGCGCUGCGCUCGGGUUAAUCGGCCUGGCUGUCCUAGCCUGGCGCGGCAUGGUCGCAUGGUCCGUCAACCGAUCAGUACGGCGCGCAGCCAUGGCGCAAUCCGAAUCGAAGCGCCUACUGCGAAACAGCCGGAAGAAGCGAUCAGGCACAUAUGCGGCAGCGCCCGCGACAGACGUUUCGCUCGAGAAGCUCGGCGCAGCGACUCGCGCAAGCUACAAGCCUUCCAAGCGUGUACCUAGCACCAGCAGCGGGCUCUUCUACUCCCCGACUGCCGGCGGCGCAGGAUCGCACCAUAGCCUCAAUGCGACCAACAACCGCGGAUCAGCAUACCUGCCUGCUGGAUUUUACGCUGCCGCCGGUGGCAGCUCGACACCGAGAGACUCGUUCGGUGGGAAUGCGCCGGGAUACCCGCCUACGGGCAGUUCGCCAUCUUUGCCUCCAACUGGUACCUACCACGAUGCGCCGCAUCACUCUCGCCACUCGUAUGUGGGUGGCUCGACCAGCUCCUUGAACUUGAACCAAGCGCCCCAGGGUCGUGCACCGAGUGCCUACCUCGAGGAUCUCUUCGAGAAUCAUGCCCCUCCGCCCCGCCGACCUGAUCGGCGAUAG